AUGAAGGUGCACUUCCGGUCUACCAGUCGGCUUCUCCCUCCUAUUCAUUUUCAUCUCUUACUCGUCUUUCUUUUUUAUUUUUUCUUUCUUUCUAGACUUCUUUCAUUCCCUGCACUCGGUUUUCAUCUCUCCUAUUUUUUUUCACCUCGUUUUCUUCUCUCUUCCAUCUUUCGCUAUAUUCUACUUUUACCUUCUCAUCCUCUCUCUUAUUUUAUCUUCUUUUUCAACUCCUCCUCUUCUAUCUUUCAUGUUCCGCUCUCCUCUCUUCAUCAUCUCUCUUUUUUACUCUUUCAUUUCAUUUCCUAUUUGUUAUUUCCUCUCCUCCUCCUCUCUUUCUUAUCUUCUAUUUUGCAACUCAUUUUAAUUUACUCCUCUUCCUUCUUUUUAUCCCUUCACUCUCAUCUGGGGCUUUCCGUUUCUUUCCUAUCAUUUUCUCUUCACAUCCCCCCUUGUCUUUUUAUCCAACCCUCUCCUCAACCCGUCCCUCGUAAUAUUCCCCCGCCUUCUCUUUUAAAAUACUUUUUUUUACUUUGCUAUCGGCUUUUUUAUGCUCUUUGCUUUCGUUUCAAACUUUGCUUUCUUUCUUUCUUUUUUUUUCUUUCUUUCUUUCCUAUUUACGUUGUUUCUUUUACCUUUUUCUUUCUUCUUUUAUUUGGGUGGUCACUUUUAUCUCCUGUUUUCUUUGAUAUCUUCAUUCGUUUGUCUUUUCUCUAUUUUCUUUACUUCUUUCUUUUUUAUUUACUUCUGUUUUGUUUUUUUUUGUCUCUUUCUCUCUAUUUCUUUCUUUCUUAUUUCGUUUCGUUUUUGUCUGUGUCUUUCUUUUUGAUUUACCUUAGCUUCUUGUCUCUUUCUUUCCUUUUCUCUCUCCCCCUUUCUUUCUUAAUAUGA